AUGGGUGCCAAUGAAGACGCAACAGAUGACGGGACGCCUGCAGAGGUCAACACACCAAUGAUGGAUGAACUAAGCUCCUCAGGUCCUGGCAAGGUAGACGUGGAUAACUGUGCUGGACUAGAAAGAGAUAGACUCAUGAAAGUCCCGGAUGAAGUAGUACCACUACUUGAGCUUACUUGCGUCGCAGAUGUCAUGGCUAAGCUCGAGAAUGAAGGCUCACUGGUUGCGCUAGAAGAUGUCGUGAUGUGGAUAGAGCUGAUCUCCGCGGUCAACGCGACUACCGAAGAAGUCUGCGAGGAGCUCGGUUGCGAGUUGAGACUGCUUGAUUCCGCUGGACUAUGUUGCACGGUUGACGACGAAAAUGCAGAGAAGCUUGCCGACAAAAUGCUCGUCGAGGAAAAUGAGAAGAUCGACUGGGACGAGUGA